AUGAAGCUGAUCGUCUUCUUUGUGCUAUCUGCCAUCGCCUUCUUGUGUGACGGCAACGCAAAAUCUGAGGCGCAUCCACUGGACAACGUUCAAGACCUAGACUUCAUGCAAGAUUCAACUGGAGAAGGACUGGGCGAAAAUGAAGUGGCUUCCAGACCAGGCGUUUCUAAGAUCAUCUUGGUGGCAGAUGCCGACCUCCUGAGAACCCUGAAGGCUCUGGAAAGGAACAUGCCCGAGAGGAUCCUGAGUCCUGGACACAAAGAUGGAAGCCAAGACCUCAGCCCGAGCAUCUCCAUCAUCAGAAGGGACACCAAGAGGUGCAUGGUGGGACGGGUGUACCGACCCUGCUGGGAAAUCUAG